UCCCGCCACCUGCCGCACCUCUCGCCUAGGCCGCAGUCGCCCGCGCGCCCCGAGCCCCUCCGGGUCAGAGGCUCCCGCAGGCGAUGGCGGACGAGAGGGCGGGGACUCCGGAAGCCGCGGCGCGCCCGCCGCCCGGCCCUGCCCGGGAGGGGGACGCGCACACGGCCCCCGCGGCCUGGGCCCGAGAAGCUGGGGGGCGCAGGUCCCUCCACCCCGCAGCGGGCCCCAGGACCGCCCUCCUUUGCCUCGGGCGCGGGGAAGCUGCCUCCGCGGCGACUACUCCGAGCCUGGAAAACGGCCGGGUCCGGGACGAAGCCCCAGAAACCUGUGGUUCAGAGGGGCUAGGGGCUCGGGCGGGAGCCGGCGAGAAGGCCGAGGACGCGACCAUGGAGGAGGGCGCCAUCUUCCAGGAGGAGCCAGCGGAGGAGGUGGAGAAGCAGCAGGUGGGGGAGAAGCUGGUGGGGGAGGAGAAGCAGGAGGUGGGAGCGGAGGCCCAGGAGGGCCCGGGGCUCCUGAACCUUGGUGCCCUAAUUGUGGACCCACUGGAGGCCGUGAGCGCCCAGGCCGACAGGGCCUACCUCCGGCUCGAGCGCAGGUUUCGGCGGAUGCACAGGUUGCACCUUGCCCGUAGGAGCUUCAUCAUCCAGAAUAUUCCGGGCUUCUGGGUCACUGCCUUCCUGAACCACCCGCAGCUGUCAGCCAUGAUCAGCCUUCGAGAUGAAGACAUGCUCUGCUACCUGAUGAAUUUGGAGGUGAGGGAGCUCAGGCACUCCAGGACAGGUUGCAAAUUCAAGUUCCGCUUUUGGAGCAACCCCUACUUCCAGAACAAGGUGAUAAUGAAGGAGUAUGAACGCAGAGCCUCAGGCCGAGUGGUGUCUAUUGCGACUCGCAUCCGAUGGCACCGGGGCCAGGAACCCCCGGCCCUCGUACACAGAAACCGGGACACUGUCCGAAGCUUCUUCAGCUGGUUUUCACAGCACAGCCUCCCAGAGGCCGACAGGGUUGCCCAGAUUAUUAAAGAUGACCUGUGGCCCAACCCCCUGCAGUACUACCUGCUGGGGGAUAGGCCCUGCAGAGCCAGGGGAGGCCUUGCAAGGUGGCCCACAGAGGCCCCUUCUAGGCCCUACGGGUUCCAGUCUGGCUAAGUGCUGCCUUGGGAUGUGGAGCCUAGGUAAGGCUCCCUCAUGCCUCCUGUGUGUGGUGGAUCCGGGCUCAGGCCCGUGGUGGACGCUCUGCUGUCUGCUGUGUGUUCUGUGCACUCCGGCUCUGCAUGUUCGGUGGACUCAGCUCUCAGAUUGUGGCCCUCGUGGCCAGUCUCUACUGUUUCCAUAUGGCCUCAUGCUGUUCUGUGUUAACAUCACGUGGCUGUCACAUGCCACUACCUCUACACUAAGUACCCAGUGCUGUGGAUGUGCACUGCCAUAAUCUUUAUGGCGUGGACCUGUGACCAUGGCCAUCCCAGCCAAUUUUGACGAGGGCACCCACAAGUCACUACUUGGAGGACAGUGCCUCUUUGAGGCCUGUGCUUCAAGACUCCAGCCUG